AUGAAACCCCCGCCUUCAGCGACGCUGCAACAAGGCGCGUAUAAAAGACGACCCGAACCUAAUCGACGAGUCUUUAUUCGAGAUCAUGACCGUCAAACCAGCGAGUGGCCAGAAGGCGGAGGCCGACAGUCUGAGGCCGUUGGUCGUGUUUGGGGUCGCCUUCUCCACCAUCACCAUGCUGAUGAUAGUGUUGGCCAUCCCGACGAUCUACGAUCAGAUGCAGCACAUGGAGGUGUGGAUGCAGCACGAGGUAGAGUUCUGCAAGGGAAGGUCGCACAACUUGUUAGAUGA